GAUCCGGUUUUUGGGUUGAAACCGGAUCAAUCCAGUCCGAUCACGGUUAAAACCGUGUACCAAUCCAAUCAUGUCUACGGUUGGGCAUAUGACCAAUCCGGUUGUAAGAAAACCGGGUCAAUCCGGUCCGGUUUAACCCGAACCGGACUGUUUCCCAGUCCUAGUGUUAGGGCGCUCGUCGGUGUUGUGUCGGCGUCAAUCCGUGGUAUGCGGCGCUUCCGGGGUCGAGCGGGAGACAUCAACGCUCAUAUGGUGAGGGGUAGGAGGCCAUGGCUGACGAGGGCGAGGAAUAGGAUUGAAGUCGUGAUGCGCAGUCGUGGAGGAAGUUUGGGCAGGGAUCAUAGUAUGGUGGGCAGGGAUCGUGGUAUGAGAUCGGGUGUGGAUCAUAUGGGGAUUGAUGGUAGCUCGGAGGGGAUUGAUGGUAGCUCGGGCGGGGAUCAUGGUAUGAGCUCAGGAAUUGAUCAUGAUGGUAGGUCAGGCGGGGAUCAUUAUGGGGAUCUUGGGAGUGGUUCGGGCGGGGAUCUUGGGACAAGCUCGGGUGGGGUUCUUGGGAGUGGCUCGGGCGGGGAUCUUGAUGUGAGCUCGGACCGCCACCGUAUGUCACAACCAAAGGGGUUGGCACUUUUCACGCCUCCAACGGCCUUAUCUCGGGCACAUGAGGUCUUUCCCGAACCUUCUUGCUUUUCUUUCUCUCGUAUGGUGGUGGGGGUGGGGGACAUCAACUUGUACCGAAGGUGGCACCGGUGCGGGUAUGGGUGGGUAUCUACGAUGAUCACGACCUUGUGCUCUGAUACAGCCAAGCAGAUUGUUUGUCAUCCUCCUGAUGAAGCUCACAUCUUCACGUCCCAUUUCAUGUUUCCCAUGGGUCAACUCUUUGAUCCGCUCGAUCACAUCAGCCUAAAUCACAUAAAAAGGUUAGCAAGAUAAGACUAAUGAUGUGACAGCAUGAAACACGCAAUAAAUUUAAUCUUAUUAGAUGGAAUAUACUUACCAAUGCACCAUCGGCCGCACCCUUCGGAGUCACGUAUCGAACCGAUGUUUGCCGAUAUCUAUCCAUGUAUGGGUCAUGAUACCCAAUUCGACCCACACUUGUUGGAGUGACAAUAUCCUGAAGUUGUCGGUUCUCCCAUACCGCGAUCAUUUCCGCCAACUUCGUGGUCCAAUCGUGAGUACCUUGCCGACCAUCUCGGUGGUGUAACGCCCUUUGACUCUCGGGGACUUCCAACGGAAUGCACUGCUCCCGACCAAACUGACGAAGGCAUCGAUCCGGCAGGUGCCACUCCACGGUCCCUAAAAAAAUGAGAGGGACCCUCGUGCACCAUUGGCCGAUAUUCUCGGGGAAUUGCUGUAAAUGCCAAUGAACGAUGUUCGCCGGG